CCGUCUCGGACCGCAGAGCGCGUACAAAGAUAAACCCCGCCAUUUGCUGGGCUUCUGGCUGAUAGCGUGGUAGCGCUGGGCUUAUCCCAUGCUUAUCUUGGGGUUCAUUGGCGCUAUUCCCGUCAGGGCUGAAGUACCCCAGCAUGGAGUGGAUUUCCCUUGCUGCAGAACCCCACCAGCCCGCGCAAGGGACCGAACCACGAGCCACACACCCCCCUCCCCCCCUUUCCUGGGCCCUUGUGCUGCACCCAGCAUUCACAGGUGCGCCGUCUGUCAACCUUGACCCCAGCUGGCUGUGGCCGUCCUCGCUCCCCGUCGAGUCACGGCCGGUCCAGUCCAUCCAGGCACGGCCAGUUCAUCCAGCACUGGCUAUCCGUACCACACACCAUAGCUAGGACGGUUAUUCCAUCCAUCGUCUUGCAUCUUCUCUUCUUUCUCCUUUCAUACAACACCAGAUACCAACAUCAACACCAACCAGAACCACCACCAUAAAUUUCUUCUCUCUUUCUAGUCUUCUUCUGUUAUUCCCUCUUCCUUUACUAGUCUCUUGAUAAUACACCCCACUGCAUGCUGCAUACUACCUCUCUACCUUAUCGUAAUACUUAUAGAAAAAGGCUGGCUUUUUGUUUCGCCCGUGUCAGAAGACCUCACGCGCUUCCUGUGUUGGACAGCGCCUCUCUCUGGGAUCUUCCGCUCCUUUCUUUGUCCUUCUCCUCUACAACCGACACUCCGACCGACCGAGGCGCCUACGCCAUUGUUGAGCCGUUGAUAAUCUAGACAGCCCGAGCGCGCAUCUACACUACAACCAACACACAAAGAGUCACCCCGAAGCACCUGUCAUACUUCGAUCGCAACUCCCUGUUGCACGCGUACAUACACUUGUCAGCGACGACCGAACAGAUAUCGAGACUACCGCCGGUGCCUUGACUUGAAUACAUACUGUUCGCUUUACUGCUGAUAUACCUUAAUUACCCUUCGGCCGGCACCUUCUUCGUCCAAGCGUUGAGGGGUGUCAGCUAUCUCGUUACGCGAGCGGUAUAACUGCUCGCUUGACUUCUGGGUCGCCAUUCAUGCCAGUCUCCAAGAAAGACCGGAAGAAUGGCAAAGAAGGCGGCGGAGUGGUCGCAGCGGUGACAAAACAAGGUGCCAAGUUCACUAAUGGGAAUGGCACCGGCACCACUAAAGGAUCAUCCAGUGCCUCACCUGUGAUCUCUCCAGAGAUCAAACCGGCUAGUGUCUCGUCCAACGAGAACCCAGUUGCGUCGCCCCUCUUGGAUGCUGCCUCGACGGCAUCAUAUGCGACGAGCACCUCGUUGAACACCAGGGAAUGGACUCGGGGGAUCUCCGCAGGCAUGGCCGGUUCCCCGGGAAACCUCAUCAGCUUAGUCGGCGAGUCUCCGCCGACGGCGCCUUCCUCCUAUGAAGAUCCCCGCGGCAUCCCGUCAGGCUGGUCCUCGCCGAGACCCUCGGUGGGCUAUCACCCGCCUUCGGCCUCUCCCCCGCUUGCAGGAAGACGUCCCUUGAGCUUCCACGUGGACAACAACUAUUAUUCGCCUCCAGACACCCACAGCCAUCUUGGAUCGAUCGCGGCAGCUAGGCGCGGCUCUAUGCAUUCCAACUACGCCCAUAGAGCUGUUUCAAAUCCGCCUUUGCCUCAUCAGCCCCAGGCUCAUUUCUACGGUGCCCCCGAAAUCGACCUUGACUCGCAGUCGCAUUCCGGGAUGAAGGCGGGAGAAAAGGGCUACUAUUGUGGAUUCGACACCCUUCCUUUGCCGAAUACCGACCCUGCCAGCAGCAAGUCCAAUGUCGUCCUUGCCGGCUAUGAAGGUGGCCUCGAGAUCCUCACCGUUGGAAAACGGGAGGUCGAGACUGUUGCUAACCUGAAAGGGCUGCGUGGCGGUGUCUACCAUGCCAAAAUCCUUCCCUGGAUGCCGCAUGAGUCGGAUCUUUUCCCGUUAGUCGCAGUCGUUAUUCAUGGGCCGAACCUGCCCGCGCCUGCUCCCGCUAUCAACGUGGAAGGUGAUUAUGAUGCGGUUUCUGCCGAAAGAUCGGAGGCCAUGACCAACAUCACGAGCCUUGACCCGUCCUCGAGAGAGAGCGUCACGGGCAGUCGCCCGGCGCCCGGAUUUGCCGAAUCUUAUUACACCUCUGUAGAGGUCUACUCUCUCAAGACAGGCCGCCCGGUGAGCGUUCUUCUCGAGGCGCCAAAGGUGCCCCUCAAGAUUCCCAUCACAAGCGCAGCAUUCAAGGCACCUCCUCCCACCGGUGCCUUCCACAUUCAUGCUGAAGGCGGCAGUAUCGUGGUGUCGUCGGGAGUUACCGGAGAAUGCUGGAUCUAUCGGCAGGCACCCGUCGUCGCUGAUCAGCCGCUGCACUUCAGAUGCCACGGCAAGGUUUGGACGACUCUCCAGCAGCCGCUCAAAGGAGAGCCUGGCCAAGAAAACGAGCGAGGCCGGUCACCAGUUCCACCACGACCGAGACCUCAGGUUGCCAUCGUCAGCGUCAGUUCCAGAUGGAUGGCAUACUGUCCUGCUACGCCGUCCUCACAGAUAGCACUGCGUGCUUCGGUUCCCGUUCUCAUUCACGGCCGCGCCCCUGGGUUGACGUCCGUGACUCCCCCUCAGCUGCCCCAGGCGAAUGCGGAUCUCGACCUGCCGCUUUCCGAGAGCGUGGUCAACAAGCUCAUGCGCGACGCCACGCAAGAGCUGAUUCAAGGUGCGAAGUGGGUUGGGAAGCAGGGCUUACAGGCUUGGAACAAUUACUGGAACCCCCAGCCUUCCCAGACACCGAGGUCACCAACACAGGCCCCUCAGAACUGGGGCCUGGGCGCCUCACCACCUCAGUUCCCUCCCACACAUGGUGCUGUGACGCCACCUGUCUCCAAAGAGCCAGGUCUUGUGUCUGUUUUGGACAUUGAUAGUCUUGGGCCAUCCAGCAAUCUCCAUCCCGUCACUACGUUCACCAUUCCUCAUGGGUGCAGCUUCCUCUCACUAUCACCUUCAGGGCUUUUCCUGUUCAGCGCGAGCAGCAAGGGCGACGUCCAGACGGUGUGGGAUUUGAUGCGGGUUCAGAACACCAAGUCAUCGCCUCUCCAGGCUACUGGCUCACCUGUCGGAGGUCCACGUGUGCGUCAAGUUGCCCAGUUCUCGCGCAUGACGGUUGCUCGUAUUGUUGAACUGGCCUGGACCCAGCCCCAUGGUGAGCGUGCUGCCAUGGUCACUGAGCGCGGCACCGUUCACCUUUUGGAUCUUCCGUCGGGUGCCUUCUCCUGGCCGCCUCCGCGUCGCCGACUUCCCGAAGAGACCAAAGCUGCUGUUCCAGAAGGCUCGACUUCGGCUGUUUCGAUGGCGACAAACGCCUUGAGCUCUGUCCGGGAAGCCGCCCGCCCGCUGAUCAAUCGCCAGCGUCGGAGCAACUCGAACACCCCAGCCUUUGCAGGCGCUGCAGAAUAUGCUGCUCAUGGUGGCAAGGUGAUUGUUCACGGCAUCAGCCACUCCCUGGGCAAGACUGGGAAUGCAAUCAGCCAGCUCAGACACACCGGAGACAACAGAGUUUCAUUGCCAAACUCUUCCGUGCUCCCCGAGCCCGGUUGCGUAGCCUGGGUCGCCAAGCGUGACCGCUCUCUCUCUGUCUUGGGAGGGGGUCAGGUCAGAGUAUUCCAGAGCAAGAGGUCUGGUGCCCACGGCAAGCGGGGACAGCGGCUCUCUAGGUACACAGAUCAUCAGCUCCCGUUGCUGCCUGACGACUCCAUAGCUCCAGCGGUGAAGCGCAUUUUGGAUCCCGAUGAGUAUUUGGAUUUCUCCGAGCGGGACCUGGACCCCUUCAACAAUACUCUGGUGCUGAACCAGACCAAGCCUAGCUUGCGGGCCCGGUAUGGCGGCGUUGAGUCGUCUAUUCCCCAAGCCGAGAUUGAGUCCAGCGCCCCGUACCAGCCUUUCCACACCGACAGACGCAUCGCCUUGUAUGAGAUGACGUCCUCCUCCAAAGCCAAGUCCUUGGAGAUCACGUCCAUUUUGGCCGAGACUCAGUUGGAGGACACUCAGGCAGAACCAUCAGCACCGCGCAAGAAGAAGAGCAAAGCCGCUCGUGCGACUCCGCCCCCUGUUGAGGAGGCUGCUGCUGCUGAUGAGGCUGCUGCCGCUGAUGAGAACGACGCCGAUGAUACCUGGGUGUUUGGCCUGCCGAUCAGCGCCACCAAGAUCGAUCUCGGUCUGCCCCAUCUGCCAGAGGACGAGUCAUUCAACAUUGACCUCGAAGCCUCGCGUGCGUUGCCCGCCUCGGCGAUGGAAAGGGUCCUUUUCCGCGGGGAUGACGACACGCAGAUUGUGAUUACCACAAGACGCAGACGGGGAGCAGGUGGUUCGGGGAAUGGCGAGGACGGGUUUUUUGAGGAUGAUUGCGAGGUGUUGGAUUUUGCUGAUCAGCGGGUUUGAGCGAAUGAAGCGAGGAGUUUUUUUUUGGGGG